AUGAAAAUGCACAAACUCCAAGAUCAGUCCAACAGAAGCAACAGCAAGAGAAAUAUCAGGCACCAUAACCAGAAGCAGGGUCCAACAAGCAAGCGGGGAAACACCAGAAGGGGCCAGAAGGGACAUUCACACUGGACCCAGAGGAAAACCCCCUAUACGUCAAUAACACCAGUGUUCAACUUAUCAGACCGACCUCUAUCAGACAAAGAAACAGAUCUCUUCAGCAAAGGCAUGUCCUUCAUGCUUACCACUCCACCGUAUAAGUUCCAGUGGGAAAUUGACUCUUAG